AUUCCAGAACUGCUGCCUGUGGGCAUGGUUGAUAACAUGACCAAACUUGUGCUGGUGAAUGCCAUCUACUUCAAGGGAAUGUGGCAGGAGAAAUUCAUGACACAGGACACAACCGAUGCUCCAUUCAGACUGAAUAAGAAAGACAUAAAAACAGUGAAGAUGAUGUAUCAAAAGAAAAAAUUUCCAUUCGGUUUCAUUCCGGACCUGAAGUGCAAGGUGCUGGAGAUGCCUUACCAGGGUGGAGAACUUAGCAUGGUCAUUCUGCUGCCGGAAGACAUUGAGGACGAGUCCACGGGUCUUAGGAAGGUAACUGGCUCUCAACGUCAUGAUUCAUGUUUCCGUUCACAGAACAGGAUUUGUACUUCCUGCGUGGAUGCUGCACUGUAA